AUGAUUUCAAGCAUGAAAAGCAAUUACGACAAGGCAAAUACGGGUGUGGUGCAAGAUCGAUGCCGUCCGUUUACUGAUGCCUAUCGUGUCUCUACCUUAUAA